AUGGGGGAGGUGCCUGGUUCUGAGAUAUACGGAGACUCGGAUUCCGAUUUGGAGGAGGAUCGUUGGUUCUUCACGUCCAAUGGACUCGAUCCUCAGCCAGAGUACGACACGGAUUUCAUGCCGCUAAGUGCGCCGUACGAUCCAGACGGCGGAGCAAAAGACGACGACAUCGGCGUGGACAUGCACAUCAUGGCGCUCCCGACGGCUCGCAGAUAUGAGCACGUGGCUGGCCCUGGCUGCUGCAACACUCGAGGGUACCACGGAGAUCGACUCUCUCUUGACGAGAUGAUGGACUGCCAUACCGUGCAGGGACUCUACAAGAAGACGGAGGACUGGACGCCGAGCGGCGACGACAUGGACUUUGAGAGGGAAUCAAAACAGUACCAUCUUACGGGGCUUUCGGACUGCAUGCCGCCUAACGGGGGCGACGUGAGGUGCGCGCCGAUCCGCGGGGGCGCGGACUGGUUCCAUGCGUCUAAUCUCAGCGAUACAUGGAAAGAUCUGUUUGGAUGGGGGACCUAUGUCCUCCCGUUUCACCCUACGUGUUUCGAAAUCUUCAUCAGGAUAAGCAAGCAGCGCAUGGGCACGGUCAGCCUCGACUCGCUCAUGAAGCUCGAGUGCAACGGCUCCCGCAACAUGUUUGGCACGCGGCAUCCCGACGUCGUCGAUGCCCGCAACAGGGGCUGGAAGUGGGCCUGCCUGCUCGGGUCCGAGUAUUUGGCUGCGAAUCCCAUCUUCAUCCCCGGCUUUAGGGAGAUUUGCGAGGCUGCCGUCUCGGACGCGGAGGACUUUGAUAGUCGAGGGAGUCCGUUCCCGGAGCGGAUGGAGGAGCAGGAGGAGGACGACGACGAACGAGAGGUUUCUGGGGAUCCGUUUUGGAAGCUGCCUACUGAGUUGAAGCAUGCGAUUGCUUGGGGUCUCGAUUCGAAGGACAUUGCUGCGCUGCGGCUUGCGUCGAGAGCGUUUUGUCAUCUCCCGAUGACGCUGUGGCAUACGCUUCUGGUUCGGGAGAUGCCGUGGGUGUACGAAGCGUGGUGCGAGGACGCGACGCCGUAUCCGUGGGCCAUGGCGGACGCGUCGUACCUGAAGCAGAAGCGAGAGCUAGAGGAGGCAUACACCGCCGAACGACUGCGCAGAGCAGAGGUCUUGAGGACGACGGAGCCCGAUUUCUAUGCCAUCUGGGAGGAAAACGAGCCCAAGACUCCAGCCGUGCCGCCGGAGCUGGAAGCACAGAGGGAGGCGUUUGUGGAGAAGAAGAGGGCGAUGAUGCCCGUGAGGCUGCCGAGGGAUAAGACGAACUGGCAUCAGCUGUAUACGGAGAUUAAGAGGAAUGAGGGGAAGCUGAAGGGGUUGAGGAAUAGGAAGCGGAUAUGGAGCGGUGUGGAGGAGAUUGUGUCGAAUGUGAAGAGGCGCUGGGAGGAUUCGAUGGAGAAGACUUCUGAGGAUGCAAAUGACAGAACGUGGGGUUGA